ACUCGACAGUGAGCAUAAGGUCUGUAUUGUAGGUAACGGAACGACUUGCGUGGAUCGUGACGAAUGUGCUGAGGGUAUGGAUUCUUGUGCUCAAAACUGCACAAACACAGCGGGAUCGUUUAAUUGUUCGUGCAGAGAUGGUUACAUUGUCAACCCUAUGUCCCCAAACGACUGCUUAAAUGUCAAUGAAUGUAUGAAUGGAUCUCCCUGUGCAAGCUUUGGUGCUGCCUCAUGUAGAGACAACAAUGGUUCAUUCAGUUGCGUGUGUAACUCUGGUUACCAGAUGAAUGCAGAAGGUAACGCGUGUGUUGAUAUUCCUGAAUGCAACAACACAAAUACUUGUAAUACAACAACGAGUCAAUGUAGUGAAACACCAGGAUCGUAUCAAUGUACUUGCAAGAAUGGUUAUGAAAAACCUUCGAACUCCUCCCCACAAUCCAAUACCUGCAUGAACAUUAACGAAUGCAACAACACGCAGGCUUGUAGAAACGCUAAUUGUACCGACUUGCCUGGAACCUUCAGAUGCGAUUGCUGGUACAGCUACAUUCGGCAAACAGCACAAAGUUGCAUCCCAAGAAAUAUCACACGUUGCGUGAACGUUACUUGCGAGGUGGGCCAGGAGUGCCAGGAAGACGAGUUCGGACACGGAACAUGCCAGUGCCAGACGACACACCACAGACACAAUGACACUUGCUUGCCGCGAUACCGGUUCGUGCAACGAACGAUUGAAACCUUCCAAGCAGCUUUCAACAAUCUCACGUCGCCCCAAUCUCUUGAAUUUAUUGGAAGGUUCAAGAUGGUGAUGCUGCCACUCGCUGGCGCCACCGACAUCGUGGCCCUCAUUGUCACCAACCUGCAACCUGGAUCCGUCAUCGUAUCGUUUGAUAUUCUGGUAGGCCCGGGUAGUGCCGCGACUCCGCAACAAGAGAUCUUGACGACGAUCAUUCAAUCAAUCAACAGCAAUAACUUUAACACAUCGUUGUUCAUUGGUUUACCACGAGGAGGUGAAGUAAACAUCACUGGUGUGUGUCCUCCAUUAGUAGAUAGGUCAACCAUAGAUCAAACUACUCUACAAAACAACAAACUCAAUGCUAACAUGACCUGUCAAUCAAGUUUAGUCGGAAUCAGCAUCGACGUUUGUAACUUAACAAACAUUGGGAUCCUACCGACGGAAUUGGUCGUUGCCGCGCAUGGGGCAAACUUGAGCGCGGUUGCCACUCAAUGUAAACCCACGAUACUGAGGACGGUGGACGGGAAACUAUCGGCAACUUUCAUUAUCUCCAAUAUAUUCGAUUGUGGUGCGAUCGCUGCUAUGGAUGCGCAAACCCUCACAUUGUCGUACAACAUUCAAACCGUUCCGCCGACCGUUUCAAGCUCCUCACAAAUCCAGCGUUACUACGACACAAGCGUGAUCUUCAACUGUUCGUUCGCAAGAUCCGAGAUCGUCAACUCACCUUUGUUGAUGCCACAGUUGCAACGAAUCCAACUUGCUCAGCCAGCAGUUAGCGGAAGAUUUGAUAUCUCGCUUAUGUUGUGUCAGGACGAGAAUUGCGCAACUUCCCUGCAAGGAAACCCCCCCACUGUUCACGUAUCUGAGUACGUUUACUUCAAAGCCGCUCUCCCAGCUUCGGACCUUACUGUUCUACAGGCGAGGGAAUGCUGGGCCACACCAACCUCUAACUCAACCAACCCCACAAGAUAUCCAAUCAUUGAAUCAGGAUGUCCUUCCAAUGCCGACCCAUCUUCCAUCUCUGUUGUGAAGAAUUUCAACGGGUCGUUUGUAACGGCCGGCUUCAAAUCAUUUGCUUGGGUUGGAAUCAACGACCAAAAGAUCUUCAUUCAUUGUCAGCUCGACGUCUGCGUUAACAGCGCUGCUAAUUGCUCAGGCCCGGUUUGCUCUCCGGGUAAGAAGAAGAGGGACGUUCAAAAUUAUCACGAAGGGAAACUUUAUAGUUUUGGUCCCUUGAAGUUGGUGACACCAUGUGAUGAGCCUGGUACAUGUGACCACCAGUGUACUUUACACAACGGCGAGCCUAUAUGUUCAUGCUAUGCUGGGUUUACAUUGGACUCAGAUGGAAAAUCUUGUGUGAAAAUAACUCCAGAAGAGAAGCAAACAAGUUGGAUCAGCGUGAUCAUUGUGAUCGUCGUCUUCGUCACAGCUUUAUAUCUCGGACUGAAUUCAAUGUUUACGAAACCAAAGAAAUCUUCAAAAGUUUUGACAACAUAAACUUUCAAAGUUCCGAUUAUUAUUGUGUACAGCUUUAUCCAGAUGUGUUUUGUUCGUUUAAUUUGUUCUCGAUAAUACAUUCCAGUAGGUGCCUGUAA